UUGCUGGGCUGUGACGAGACGUGGCCCGUGGCUAGGCUAGUCGUCCGACGCCGGCGUUUGAGCGAGCCUUCGCUGCCGCCGCCGCCGCCGACGACGACGACUUGCCUGCACCAACAAUACCACGCUCUUGCUUUGCAAUGCGAUCCCCUUGUAAUCUCCCCCUCGCUGCCUCCUGCUUCUAUGCUCCACGCCACGCGCACGCGGACGCCGCGCCUCUCUGCUGCCGCCGCCGCCGCCGCCUUCUUCACCACCAGGCCCAGGUCCCACCCACCGCCGCCGCCGCCGCGCCUCUCUCCAAGGCUCGUCGACGCCACCGUCUCCCGAUGUCCCUCCGACGCCCUCGCCAUCACCUUCUUCCUCUGGUGCGCCCGCUGCCCCGCCUACUUCCACCCUCCCUCCUCCUUCGACCGCCUCCUCCCCGCUGCCGCCCGCCUCGCCUCCCGCCUCCGCACCGCCCCCGCCAUCCUUCACCAGCUCCGCGCCCUCGGCUGCCCCAUCCGCCCCCACACCUUCCUCCUCUUGCUCAGGCUCUACUGGCGCGGGGGCAUCUACCCGCUCGUGCUCCAGCUGUUCGACCAAAUGCCCCUCUGGGGCUUCCACCCCAACGCCUUCGCUCGCAACGUCGUCCUUGACGUCCUCCUCAGGACGCGCCACCACCACUCCGCGCUCUGCUUCCUACGGGACAAUCCCUCGCCCAACUACCUUACCUACGCCAUCCUCCUCACCCACCUUUGCAGGUCCGGGAACUGGCCAGGGGUGCGGGCCUGCUUCUUAGCCAUGCUGCACCAGGGUUUUCUCCCCAGCGCCGCCUCUCUCAAUGCGGUUUUUGCCUGCUGCACUAAACUUGCUGCCACGUCCGAGCUACUGCAGCUUCUGGGCUUCACACUUGUAUCGGGAUAUCAGCUCACUUCGGCCAUGUGGACAUGUCUCAUCGCUCGUUUGUGCCGCGAGGGAAAACUAGAUGAGGCUAUCAGGAUGCUGGCAAAGAUGCUGGCUUCUGGUUCUCCUCCCACAGUUGUCACCUACACGCCGAUCGUCAGAGCUCUCUAUCGUGCUGGAAGGCAUGACAUUGCCACUGAGCUUUUCGCAUCCAUGUCAUCCACCAAUUGCAGCCCAGAUCUUGUUCUCCAUAAUGUUCUCAUGGACUGCAUGACCAAGGAUAAGAGAUAUGAUGCAGCCCUAGGCGUUUACUUAAAUCUUCACGAGAGCCAGAUGAAGCCAGAUGCAUACACUUUAUCUACUUUAGUCCGCGCGUUGCAUUUGUCACGGAAUGUAAGCCUUCUUCCUAGGUUAUUUCUGGACUCAGCUGAUAUCCCUUAUGAUCUCGUGGCCUGCAAUUCUGUGCUGAAUGCUCUGCGCAAAUCUGGAUUUCCAUCUCAAGCCGUGCAGUUCUUCAUCAAUAUGAUUAAGUGUGACAUCAGGCCUGACAGCUACAGUUAUGUUGGUCUUUUGGACAGUCUGUGCCAGUUGGGAAGGAUUGACCAUGCAAUCAAUGUCUACCACAGUAUUGUUUCAAGUGAUCCUGAUUCAAACGCUUAUGUUCAUGCUGCAAUCCUCUGUGGCCUUGUUAAAAAGGGCCACAACCGUAUGGCGCUAAUGAUUUUGAAUGAGGCUGUACGUCAAAAUUAUGCUCUCGACGCUGUGUGCUACACUGUUGUUCUACAUGGCCUUCUACAAGCUCAUUUGAUUGAAGAGGCUUGCAUGUUGUUUGACAAAAUGAAGCGUUCAGGAAUGGCUUCCAACACUUGCACAUACAACAUAAUGCUUCGUGGACUUUGUAGAACCAGGGAUACACAUGCACUCAAGUGGUUUUUAAGAGAAAUGGAAUGUUCUGAUGUGGAGAUGGAUAGUAUCUCAUACAAUAUUCUGGUUGUGUUCUUAAUCAAGUUGCAGCAUAUUAGUUCAGCCACUGCUUUGGUAAGAGAAAUGGUUAAUCUAGGCAUGGAACUUAGUGCCAAAACUUCCUCAUUGAUUUCUCAGUCCAUGGGCCAUGAGUAUGUUCUGGAGGAUGCUAACAUUGCUGAAAAUGAUCAUUCCGACUCAACUAAUGAUCUGCUUGCAUGCUCAGCUUCAUAGUCAAUUUUCAACUAAACAGCCAUGCUGCUUCUGUACAUCUUCAGUUUGGUGGUGCAUAAUUAAAUACAGAUACACACUAUUAAAGCAAGCUGAAAUUGCUUUAUCAGAGUUGAUCCAAUCCUCUCCGGAGGAGGCUCUACAUGACUACAUCCUUGGAGUAAAUCUCUGGUCAAGAUCACUUUACUUGACCAUAAGAAAAGAAUGUCAAACUUUUCGUUCCAGCUUGCUUUAUUGAAGUUAUGCAGGUCCUUGCACCUGAUCCACCUUUUAGUGAUGAAAUAUUUAAGGAGAGAUGUUUAGGCUCUUUAUCAGCACAUUUGCACACCUUGCUGAAACAAACAGUCCAUAUCUUCCAAGAAGAUCUUGCUAUUGGAAAAUGUGCUGCACUCAGAGUAAGAGUUUUUGCACGUGAUGCAGCAAAAGCCUGUUACAUGGCCGUGACAUCAGGAAAUGAAAAAAAAGAUAUUCUUACAUCACUUGAAGAGAGGUUAUUGGAUUUUGAUGUCAAAGUUAGAAUGCAAGCUGGUUUUGCAUCCUGCAAUUUAGGGCCAAAUCAAAUCUAAGAUCAGUUCCUUCUGAGCUGAUAUUGCAGGCAGCAGAGAAGCCACAAACUGUUGUUAUUUCUCGCUACUGCAGGGUACAAAACCUAAGCCGUUGCGGUCAACUAACUCCCGCAUCGGGGAAGAAGAUGGCGAGGGAGUGAAUGGGGGAGAAGAAGGGCCUACCCGGGAAGCUCCGCCAACCACCGACUACCCGAUCUGCCACCAACGGCCACCGCCGGUCCUGCUACUCGGCCACACCGAGCAUUGCCGUGUCGAUCCCCACCUCUGCCGCCUCGAUCCGCCAUUGCCACGUUGAUCCCCACCUCCGCCCGCCUUCUUAGCGGUGUCGCCGAAGAGAGAGAGAGGGGAGAGGUGGCGUCGCCGGAGAAAGGGAAGGUGGCGUCACCGGAGAAAGGGAAGGGGAGGCGGAGGAAGACGGGGAGGAGGGACGGGGUGAGCCUUUAUAUAUGUUUGUGAUUUUUGGGGGGCGUACUACAAAUAUUGGACUUAUAUAUGAAUAGAAAAUCUGAGGAUUUAAAUGGAAAAUGUAAUCGACUGACAGGUGCUGAAAUGCAAAAAUAAGAUAGAGCUGUGGCUUAUGUAACAAGUGUGAUUUCAUCC